GUGGCCUGUGCGGUUCGGGGAUUAGUCUCGUCUUUUGUCUUAACUCCUUCGCUUUUUCCUCGACAAACAAUCAACAAAUCCUUGAAUCUCACCAUCCUUUCCCCGCGUCCCCACGAUUUCAUUCUACAUCUUCUCUUACCACACUUCCAAUGUCAUCCCUGAUAUGACAUGGCUACUCUUUUUUCCAAGCGAUUAAACUGCUUCUAUUGCGGUCGUAGGUCCGCGCAGACGACUACAGGACCGGUUCGCAAAUGGCACUGUCAGCAUUGCGAAGCAGUCAACUAUCUCGAUGAAAACGGCGAAAUUACAGAUCCGCCCGCUGCAGAAACGAACGCCCAAGUCGACGGUUUCGGUGCGCCCGGCUCGACUUUCGAGUCAUCCGAUUUCUCUGGCUCUGGCGUCUUUUGCGGGCAGUGUCUUCGCAAUCAACACCUGUUCACAAACGCGUUAGCUUCGUAUCUUCCACCGUCGGACGAUCCCGACUAUUGCGCGUACGAGCGCGGAUACCCCAGCUUCCGGAAGAAUCUAGAGGAACGGUAUCCGCAAGUAUGCGCCAACUGCGAACCACGAGUAAGAGAGCGCAUCCGCCAGAGCGGCUAUGAGGCCAAGUCAGACCACCUUCGGCGGGUGAUAGACCGGAGCAAAGCAGGAAGGGCAGCUCGACAGUCACGGACUUGGAAUUGGAGAAGUCUUUUGGUUUUCGCGGGCGCUGUGGGCUACUGGACUAGCAUUGCCGGGCAACUAUGUUGGGAUGCAUGGAGUGCCCUGGCUACUGAAGAACUACACUAUUCAAAAGCUCUCUCAAGUUCACCGACUGUAUCAGCUUGGAUCCAGCGGAUCGCGCAAAACCCAUUUGCACCGAGCUCCCGCGCGAUUGAUUUAGCACCUUAUGCGCGCCUGUCGCUCGUGGCCGGCAUCCUCACCCUUUGGUAUAACCCGAAACUACGACUAAAAGUGGAAGGCCGAGGUGGUCGAUUCGUGGGACUGGGAGAGUAUUACAAGGUCCAACUCAUUGUUAUGGUGGUGCGCUGCGCCUUCUGGGCGAUGCUCAAAGACCCCGCUUCGAGUGGCUUAGAGCCUGCUUUGCCACCGGCGCUGCAUUUGUUUAUGAUCUUAUUUACUGUGUUGUCCGUCGCAAUCUCUCGGCGCGUUGUGCAAUACGAUACUCGCCCAUUAGUGACUUGGUCCGAACUCGAUUCUGCCCCGACCCCAAAACGAGACGCAGAGACGACUCCUGUGCCAAAUACUGCGAACAAGCAAGUCUUUGGAACUCCAAGUGAAGGAUUUCAGACUGCGCCGCGUUUUCCAAUCGAAAAGCUGGCUACCCCCAGACAAACACCCCUGCCAAGUCUUGCAACAGAUAUAUCCAUCCCAACUCCCCCGCCCGAAGAUGAUAUGGACUGGACUCCUUCGGUACAGCAUAACAUCCGGCCGACGGUGAGCGUUCACCAGCGGGACCAACCAUCCGUACUCGACGGACCCAUGCCUUUCUACGGGUCAAUCCCUGCCGCACCAGAGCCUCCGGCAUGGACUUUGCGUAACAGGUCAAAGCACAAGAAGCCUCUUGAAGAGGUCGUCGAGCCGAACCCCUUCCAUCGCACACCGGCGACGCAGGCGUCUAGGCCGUGGCAGCGGGGCGCCGAUCGCUCGGAAAAUGUGUUUGCGCCCCCGAAGUUCUUCCCCAUGAGCGACCACGCUUCCUCGACCGGCCUCGAGAGCUUGUUUGAUCGAACCUUUACCAUCAAGUCACCGGAGGACGAAGAAGACAGCAAUUGGAAACGACAACAGAAGCAGCAGCAGCGGACAUCGAACGCGAAACAACGCCUGUAUCCUGACUUCCAGGGGGCAUUCGUGUUCCAAUACCUCCGCAUAGGACUCUUACUGGCGUCUCUCUUUGCUUGGGUUCUGUCGCAAUAUGAGCAUCUUUCGGUUACUGGAAACUACAUCGAGGUGGCUUCUUUGGGAAGCGCGAGCCUGAUCGCAGGCUUCGGGUUACUGGAAGUAUUGAAGCAACCGAUCGUGCAGUGGAACGGCAUGGAGAUUCUCGUCUAUCUUGCCGAACUUUCAGCUGCCGUCCACUUGGGUGGAAACCUGCCGCAUGUCUCUCUGGAAAGGCAGUACUUCGAUAGAUAUGGAAAGCUGCUUUUAAUAUUCAUGGCCGUCCAGGAGGCAUUGGGACUGCUUGCUCUUUAUCAAGCCGCGCAGACCCAUAGCUCCACAACCCAAGAAAAUCGGUCGAAAGCAUCGCAGCCCAACCGGCAUGAAUCCUUUGACGAUUCACCCGGGACCCCUCGACCAAAACAGAUAGCAGGCCGCCCAGAAUUCGGAUCAUUUACAUCCCAGACCUCAGCAGCACCGCCCCUGUCCUUCUCCUCCACCGCAGCCGGGUCGAGCUUCCAAACACAGCCGCCCGAGCCAAGGUACCAGAUUGGACGUCCGUCCUACGACGGACCCUUCGAUAAAGGCCAUGGUUUCAGCCUGAGCAGCUUGAAAGGCGAUGACUCGGACGCGUACGACCCGUUGGAGCACGACUCGGACACGGAAACGACGGCAACGACAGCCACCGACAGUACGAUCCGCAAUAUUCGCUAUGGCGGGAGCACCGCCGGGUUGGAUACUCCGUUUUUCUCCCCCAGGCGCAGCGACCUGGGUCCUGGGAUUGGGGGGCUCAGUCUCGAUGAUAAGCCUUCUAUGGGCCGGGUGACGCGAAGUCAGACGAAAGGACGGCUUCGCAGAUGA